CUCUAAGACGAUAAAGGAACUGAUUGCAAAAAAAACGAGGUAAAAGGAACGGAAAUGAAUAAACUGGACUGGCAAACAUUGCAUUGGCAGCUUCGGAAGUAAGCCUUGGCCUGUUCGGUUCUUCCUCCUCAUCUUGGAGAGGAACCCCAAGAGGCGAGCCUCCCGGCGCCGCCCACGAGACAGCGAAUCCCACGAGAGGGCCUUGGAAGAAGAGGAAGCAGCGGCAACCCCCGCAGCCGACCGACCCCCCCUGUAGAGCGCAUUCACUGGUUUAGAUUGGAAUUGGAUGGCAUCCGGAGGAGGCAUCGCCCGCGCCCGCCUCGCCGAGGAGCGCAAGGCGUGGCGCAAGAACCACCCCCAUGGCUUCGUGGCCAAGCCGGAGACCCUGCCGGAUGGGUCCGUCAACCUCAUGGUCUGGCGAUGCAUCAUCCCCGGCAAAGAAGGGACUGAUUGGGAGGGUGGAUAUUUCCCACUUACUAUGCAAUUCACUGAAGACUAUCCAACCAACGCUCCUUCUUGCAAGUUCCCAUCGGGUUUCUUCCACAUCAAUGUCUAUGACUCUGGGGCAGUAUGCCUAUCAAUCUUGAGUACCGCAUGGAAACCUUCAAUUACAGUGAGGCAAAUUCUUAUAGGCAUCCAGGAAUUGUUUGAUGAUCCAAACCCUAACUCUGCUGCACAGAAUAUAAGCUAUGAGCUUUAUAGGACAUGGAGGAGUACAGGAAACGCGUUCGUCAGCAGGCUAAGAAGUAUCCUUCAGCUCUGUAGCCGCGCAAUGCCUGCAGGAUUCUGGCAGCUAAAACAUUUUGAUUGAACCUAUCAUGAACCGCACCUGUAAUUCGUGGGGACUAAACCCGGUGUUCAUCGUCUGGUGUAUUGAGUUGCCGAGUUGGCAACAUGGUGAUGUGUCUGUUGGAACUGCUAAAAUACACUUUUAAGUCCACCUCCAUGACUAUUGUUUCUGGCCUGUCGGUGCCUCAACAGCAGAAAGUUUCGAGUUUUUCUGA